UGUGAAGGUUCACUGCGGUGACAUUAUCUUGUUAGCUGUCUCUUGUACCGCAAAGGUAAACGUUUCAGCGACAAUGUCUGGCCGUGUCCUCGUUGGAGUUAAGCGUGUCAUUGACUACGCCGUUAAGAUUCGCGUGAAGCCGGACAACAGUGGCGUGGUGACGGAUGGCGUUAAGCACUCAAUGAACCCCUUCUGUGAGAUCGCCGUGGAGGAGGCGGUCAAGAUGAAGGAGAAGAAGCUCAUAAAGGAGGUGGUGGCUGUCAGCUGUGGACCACAACAAGCGCAGGAGACCAUCCGUACUGCCCUCGCCAUGGGAGCCGAUCGAGGCAUUCAUGUGGAGGUGUCUGGGAAAGACUUUGACGUGCUGGGACCCCUGCAGGUCGCCAAGAUCAUGGCUGCUUUGGCCAAGAAGGAGGACGCUCAACUCGUCAUCCUUGGCAAACAGGCCAUCGAUGGCGACUGCAAUCAGACCGGCCAGAUGACAGCAGCCCUACUGGACUGGCCCCAGGGUACCUUUGCAUCAGAGGUGUCAUUGGAAGGAGACAAGGUUAAAGUAGUGAGAGAAAUUGAUGGUGGCCUGGAAACUAUCAGGAUCAACACACCAGCAGUGCUCACCGCAGACCUUCGACUCAACACCCCCAGAUAUGCCACCCUGCCUAAUAUCAUGAAAGCCAAGAAGAAGAAGAUCGAUAAAGUGAAGCCUGCAGACUUGGGGGUGGACAUGACAUCACGGCUGGAGGUGUUGAGAGUGGAUGAGCCCCCACAGAGGCUGGCGGGAGUGAAGGUGAAGACGGUCGAUGACCUGGUGGCCAAACUAAGGGAGAUCGGGAGGCUAUAGAGGCUUUAGGAGCAUGAGCUGGGGGGCACGGAACGUGGCAGAAGGGACUCUAAUGAAUAACUGGACUGCAUUGCAAAAGCGCACCCGGAGGACGAGUUUCGGUCUAAUCCCUCUGUUUUUGAGACUGACUCCUGAGGCUGUGCAGGGAGGUACUGAGAAACGCUGUCCUGCAGCGCACAAGCCCAAAAGGAUCAUCUUGUCUCUUCUGUGCAUUUUUAACUUUCAUUUAUCUGUAUCAUAGGCUCAUAACCUGACUUGCGACGAGCAGUCUUUAUGGACGAAUUGAAACCCAGAACUCUGUCACCAUUGUUCAUGCUGCUGUUUGUGUUCCACUGUACUUUACCAGGACGAGGCAGUUCACCAACAUGACUCUGCGGUUUCAUCUUGUCCAUCUGUAGUCGGAGGCGCUAAAACGUGCAGAUUAUUUAAAUGAAAUUAUGUAGAUAUGAACCCCGAAAAUGUUAAGAUGAUUAGUGUCAUGUCCGCUGGUACAUUUUAUAGUUUGUGUCAUUUGUUACUGGGUUUCAGUACUGCGCAGACGGUGUCUCAGUAUGAGGGAAGAUGAUCGGACUUUUACCAUAAGCGCCUCAAUUCUCUGAUUGUACAGAACAUUACCACAAUAAAGCAGCCAGUCUUUUUCAUAUCUAAA